AUGCGUCUGAUCGCCGUUCAUCCAUCACUUGGCUCUCGACGUUUAACGAAAAUCGCUAUUGAUGGCAUUUAUUUAUUUCUAAAAGCUCAUCGAAAAUCACAUAAUAAAGUUCAAAUUUGGAAAGUCAAUACAUUAGUGCCAUCGGAUUGGGAAUGUAUCUUCGAAUUGCAAUUGAAAGAACUCAUUUACUCAAUCCCUGCUUAUGACUAUAAAGAGAAAGUCAUCUUUCUUCUUGUAGCUGCUGUUUUUGAAAAUGAAGAGAACUUUCGGAUUACUUUGUUUCGAAUUGAUGAUGAGAAGAGAGAGGAAUGGUCGAUUAUUGAUGAAAAUGGAGAGAUUUGGCAGGUUCCCCUUGAGAAUGUGGCAAUGGGAGUUGGUGGAAAAGAAAUGUCAACAAACUCUCGACCGACUCUUCAUCUUUAUGAUCGAUCUAUUGUUCAAGGCCCAAUACCUUUCUGGUAUCUUCAUCUUACAAAAACUAAUUUCUAUUUGGAAAAACGUUUCUUAGAAGAUAUUGAAGAUGUGAAAUGUCAUCGAUUUGCUUUCUGUUUAGAUGGAGAUUCAAGAAGAUUUGCGCGGCUUCGUGAAGACAAUGGGAUUGCCGUUUACGAUGGAGAAGCCGAGCGAUGGGUCCACUAUGAGCAAGACGCUGACUCGGAUUUCGAUUUACACAUUUUGUCGGCGGUGAACGAUUUAAGGGAGACUUUCGGUCGAGCUGGUAGAAGAGUGGCCGCUGUUGAGUCUCCGCUCACAAUUCACACUGAUGCUGGGAUUUGCGUGGCGAAACGGGUCACUAGCAACAGCAUUCACGAGUUUUACCGUAUCGAUUUUGAUCACCAGCGACGGAGUUACUCGUUGAGGAGCAGAGGCGCCGCUAAUUUGAAGGAAGUGGCUACAAUGUAUUACGUGUUGGUCAGCGAAGAGCUAGCUGCGGUCGUUGGGCUCAGUUGUGUGGCGAUCAUCCCCCUUCAACCACCGCCACUUUCCCAUCUUGCUGUGUGGGCUGUACAAAAAGAAACGGCAAAUCGCGAUGAGCGCGGCGCUUUACAUGACGGUCUUACCUAUCCACAAAUUCAUCAUCUUCUCACAAAUCUUGCAAAUCUAUCCAUC